UAAAACUGGACAGCUGGCCUGCAUAGCAUAUCCUCACUGGGAUGUUUAUAUAUAUGAAAUAUGAGCUGAGAACCGAGGUAAGCAUUCUCUCUGUCCUCCAGAAACUUAAAAACAAGGCCCUGGGAACAUGGAGAGUCAUAGAUUCACAUCAGCACAAAAAAGAAGGGAGCUUAGUGGCCAGUCUCGGGCAGAGCAGGUUAAGAGAAACCGUUUAACUGAUCACGACCUGACAUGUUGAUACUGCAGAAGACAGAGAAAGAGAUGCUGGAAAUUACAAAGAUUUAAUAAAGAUAAAAAAGUGUGAAGUAGGUGGUUUAGUUAAGUGGGGAAAACAGUGUGAAGCAGAGCAAAGAUGAAGAUUCGUGUAAUGCAGAUCUGGGGAUUCCUGUUAGCGAUACUGGGCUGGAUCUUUGUCGCCUGCUCCAUGGCCAUGGAGGGCUGGAAGAUCUCCUCUAUCGGAGGGCAAGGUGGGAGCGCCGUCAUAAAGGUGGGCUGGUACUGGUCCAGUCUGUGGAGGGCCUGCUUCACGGACUCCUCCUCUACAUCCAACUGCUACGACUUCCCCGUGCUGUGGUCUGUGGAAGGUUAUCUUCAGAUCGUGAGGGCUCUGCUCAUGUCUGGGAUGGCUGUUGGAGUGCUGGCCUUCAUCCUGAGUCUCGUGGGAAUGGAAUGCACUUACAUCGGAGGAAAAGACAAAGAGAAGAACCGAUCCAUGUUCACAGGAGGCAUCUGUCACAUAACAAGUGGUAUGCUGGGUGCCUCUGGUUAUGCACUUUAUGCUCAGCAUGUUUCUGCAGAGUAUUUCAACCCCAGAUUUGAUGGACUGGAAUUUGACUUGGGAACUCCCUUGUUCCUUGGAUGGGCCGGAUGUGCUGUUCAGAUCACUGGAGGGAUUUUCUUCCUAGUUUCAGUCUGCAAGAUCUGGUCUCCGACAUACAGCAGUGCACCAGUUCUCAACGUUCCUGUCGUGGAGAGCAAUGCCUUGCGUUCCUCUCACACAAAUGUUUCCAUCAUUUCUGAACUCUCCACAAAAUCCAACGUAUCAGCCGUAUCUGAGCUCUCCUCAAAGUCUGAAACAACAGCUCUGUCAAAUGCGCUAUCAAAGAGCACACAUAUCUCAAGAACUAGACGUCCCUCAAGAUCCAAACGCUCUGAUAAAUCAAGAGGCUCUAUCAAAUCAGACGUGUCACGAUCAGUGAGCUCCUCACGGUCCUCAAGGAUCAGAAGAUCACAUUUAAACAGCAAGAACGCAUCCUCUCCAUCUGGAGCCACUACACAUCACUUUAUCAAGAACUCCUACCUCUGAAACACUGAGCUUGGAUUAUUGAAUAUGGUUAUGGAAAACAAUGAACUCAAUGAAAAUCUCAAUGACCACUUCAGAUCAUGGAUUUAAAUGCACAGAUUUUUGAACUGAAAAUUGAUAAAUGAGAUUGAGCUGCCUGGAAUCAUUUUGUGCAAAAAUGUAAUUCCAAAUGAUUAUUGAUGGAUUCAUUCUUUGAGAAAAGCAUAUUAGAUAUAGACAGCGUAACUGCCUAUGUAUUACUGAAAUUUGGAACAACUGUCAGAUCUAUUUUUCUUCACAAUUUAAAGUGCCCCUAUUAUGGAUUUUUGAAAAUUACAUUUCAUGCAGUGUGUAACAGCUCCAAGUAAAUGAAAACAGCCUGCAACGUUUUAAAUCUGAAAGUGCACCGUGUAUAAAGUUAUUGUCUCUCAAAAGAAAGCGUCGACUCUGAAUCAUUGAAAUGAGUGGUUUUUAAAACUAAUCCUAAAACGUUUCAUGUUGACGUCAACAUGAAACAUUAGCAUAUUGCACGCACACAUGUUGGUCUUUUAGCGUUGGUCUGAAUGAAAAUGCAAAUUCAUUCUUUGUCACUAGGUGCCGCUUUUAGAGUGGUAAAAUAGCAGUUCCCCCGGUAACGCUGUACAUAAAGCAGUACUGCGCUCACAAACAGGCAUGAUGAAAUGAAAAUGAGACCAAUCGGACCAAUCACUGCAGAUUAGCGUCAUGCAAAGGAGGGGUUUGGAAAAAUGAAUCGUUGAGCGAAUCGUUUGGGAGUCAUUGAGCAAAUAAGGUAAAAAAUAAAGGCAUAGUAUAAGACAAUGAAAGUGUUUUUUGAUCUUGCAUGCAUGUCAACCUGUUGUUAGGGACUCCCAAAACCAAAAUAUAAACAUUUCAUUACCCAUAAUAUGGACACUUUAAUUGUAUGUUCAGUGGAAUUGAUGUAGCCUAAUGAAAGAAUGCAAGAUGACAGUAAAACAUUUUAAGACAUCCUUAAAACAUUUGAAAUGUAACACUACAUUUUUUUUUUUGUGGAUUGCGAGUCUAUAUGAACCCGAUAAUAAGAUUUA